AGAGAGAGGGAGAGAGAGAGGAGAACACUGAUGGCUGAGAACUGAGCCACGAAUUGAAGUGAUGGUGCUGUGAUAAUGCCAUCUCUUGUCGGUUUUAGGUUCACUCUCCUCACUUUGCUGAGUUGCAGCGUUUGGGAAACCUUCAGCAAAACACUGAAAAUCCAGAAUGUGGAGGAGGUGUCUAUAAAAGUGCAAGUCUUUGAUAACGGCGACCUUUCACCCUUGACGGAUGCUCUGGUAGAAAUCUACACCAACCAGACGUGGCUGGCCUCGGGAAACACGGGGAGGGAUGGAGUGGCGCAAAUCACUUUGCGGUACCGGCUGGGGACGUGGCUGGUGGUCAGCGCGGCCAAAUAUGGCUUUGUGACAAACUCGGCUCCCUGGCGGGCGAACAGAUCACCACUGUUUACAUCAGUGAGUCUUUACCUGCUACCAGAGCGCCCAGCCACCCUGAUGCUGUACGAUGAUGUAGUCCAGAUUCUCUUGGGCUCACCUGGUGCCAAGAAUCAGCCGUGGGUUCAGUUCCAGCGAAAGAAUGUUGGGCUCCCAGAAAACACAACCUACAGCGAUCUCUCUGCCUUCCUGACCAUGGUCAACAGUGAAAUGGACGUGGAAGGAUUCCCCUAUCUCCUGGGCUACGACAGCAACAGAUCAGUUGACCGUUCCAGGCUUGAGCUGACCCCUGUGGCAGCAGUCAGUGUCCAUCUCUUUACCAGCAAUGGCUCUGACGUUCAGGUGUCAGGUCCGAUCCAGUUGUCCGUCCCUCUCCCCAUGGACAGACUCGCGACGGAGGCGAGGGGCAUCCCAGUGUGGAAGUUUGAAGGGAAGACUGGCGCCUGGGUCAGAAGUGGAACUGGAGUGAUUAAGAAAGACGGGAACCAACUAACCUGGUCGUACAUUGCUCCACAAUUGGGCUACUGGGUAGCGGCCAUGUUUCCAAUAAACCAAGCUGCCGUCAUCCCAUCCAGAUUUGGGGACAUCACAAUGUACCACACAAUAUUUCUGCUAACCAUUCUUGGAGCCAUGGCCCUUCUGGUUCUAGUGCUGCUGUGUUUGCUUCUCUAUUACUGCAGGAGGCGAUGUCUGAAACCACGGCAGCAGCAUCGAAAGUUACAGAUCUCGAAUUUAGAUCAUUCGAAAAAGGACCAGGCCACAUCUAUGUCUCACAUCAACUUGAUCAGCACCAGCCACAUGGAAUCGGUGUCCUCUAAUGGGGACACUGACAUCCACACCCCUAUCCUGAAAUCCGGGUUCAGUACAUCUCGAGAAUUCGAGCACUCGCGAGAAGAGUUUUUCAAGCAGCUCCCGUACCGGGACUCGGAUCACAAAAUGAGACACAUCAGCAAGGCCUCCACCGACACCUUGACACACCGAGGAAAUUCCAAAGAGGAUUAUCGCCGGACGGUGGAGAGCCUGCCGUUGAAGAUGGCCAGGUCGGUGGACGCAUCGGGAGACCUUGGGCCGCCCAUGAUGGACGACUACAGGAGGAGUUACAACUCGAUGAUCUCGCACCACGGAGUGGACGAGAAAGGCCGAGAUGUUCACGGGAGACGCGUCUUGGCCGAGAGCAAACUUUGUAUGAACGACCCGCCCUCGCCUCCGCCUCUGCCCCCGCCUUUCGAAUCUCUCAUCGGUCACAAAAUGGACAAUAAGGCCUCGGAUUACACCAUGUCCCAGUCCGUCGACCACCUGGCCAGACCAACAAACUUGGCCCAACCGGGUCAGUUGAUCUUCUGUGGCUCUAUUGAUCACAUGAAGGACAGCAUGUACAGGAACGUCAUGCCAACCCUGGUCAUACCCGCCCAUUACAUGGGAUUAACUUCGGGCGAUUACCCUUGCACGGACCCGUCGACUGGGAUGCCGACAGAGCAGCAGCUGGAGAUGAAGGGGACCCAGAUACGAAUGCCGAUGGGCCAUCAACGUGAAUCUCAGCAGUAUCCCCAUCAACCAGGGCAACAGCAGACCCCACUCUCGGACGACCCCGACAACAAAGGCUGGAGCCCCCACUCGUCUUCAAUGAGCGGGCCGAUGGCAGUGUUGUUGAAUGAAUCGGCGAUGGCUCAGAUGAACGGAGAACUGCAGGCGCUGACGGAGAAAAAGCUUUUGGAACUGGGUGUCAAGCCCCAACACCCCAGGGCUUGGUUUGUCUCUUUAGACGGUCGUUCGAACGCCCACGUCCGCCACUCCUACAUCGACCUGCAGACGGGCGAAAGAAUCGGAAGCACCGAUGCCAGCUUAGACUCCGGUGUCGACGUAAACGAGGCCAAGCCGGCCAAAAAAGCGAAGGAAGAACGCGAUCGCCAUGUUCCUGGCAACCUGGCCUACAGUAAGCUGAUCUACGUGGACGACACGGAGCAGAGCAGCAGUGAAAGCAGAACGGCAGUGUGCUCCCCCGAGGACAACUCGCUCACACCUUUGCUGGAAGAGACUUCGGAGCACAGGGGCACCUUGCAGAGGCAGGGACACAGCAGGGGGAACAGCAUGAGGAGCAGCACCAGUGAGAUCCAAAGAGAUUCCGCCACCAGUCCCGAGGAAGAGAUGCAAGAUCAGUGUGAAGGAGACGAUCAAGGUGAAAACAAAAAGAGCCCCUGGCAGAAACGUGAGGAGAGGCCUCUGAUGGUCUUUAACCUGAAGUGAUGAACGGCGCGACCCCCGAUUUUCCGUUUCAGGAUCUGGAAUAAAAUAAUCACCGUUAGGAAAUGAGUCAGAGGCCAAACAAAAACCUUGAGCACAAAUGGACGGACAG